AUGUCGGACAACAUGAACAUGAUGAAGGUCUUUGCACUCUGCCUACGUUACGCGACUGGACCCGCGAGGCGCCCUGUGCCCCUCACCCCUACAACGCGACAUUCUCUUUCAUGGCUGGAUACAGCGCCGGGCAAGCUCGAGAACGUCGACGCCGUGGGCGACAAGCUGGACAUCGCCCUGCAGUCCAAGGUCGAGGAGGGCUUUAACGCCAAGACCCUUGACACCAUCGCCGACAAGCUCGUUACCGUCCUGCAGUCCAAGCAGGCCUCUGCCCCCGAGCCCAAGGUCAAAGAGGUCGACAUUUUUGACGCCAAGGCCCUCGACACAAUCGGCGACAAUCUUGGAAGGCAAGGCCUCAAACUCGUCCUCGAGUGGACAAUCACUGAAGCACCCCCCUCGAGUUCAUCAAGGACCGCUUCGGUGCCAAGAAGCCCAAGACCCAUGACACUUGUGAGUAUAUAUCCUGCCGUCAACAAGAACCGCGAGUGCGUGCCCGAGCCUUACUGCGGGAUCAAGGGAGGUUUCCUCGCCGGCCUCUCCGCCGCCCUCGCCGAAGAUGUCGACUCUGGUAACGCCCACGCGCUCUUUGCCCAAGCCGUCAUCCGCAAGGUUUCCAGCGUCAUCACCGAAAAGGUCGAGUCGGGCACUGGCAACGUGCUUGUCGCCGAGGCCGUCCACCGCGAGAUUGUCGCCACCCUCGCGGAGAAGAUUGAUGCUGGUACUUGCAGUUCGGCCCUGCUUGAUCUGGUCAUUCGCACACUUGCCGACAGGGUUGAGGCCGACAGCGAGCAGGUUGAAGCCGCCACUGUCACGUUCAACGAAACUCAGCAGCGUCCUGCCCAUGGCUCCUCCACCGCGGAGUCUACUACGGCGACCGGCAGCAGCGUCAACACUAAGCCCGUCACCAAGCGCGUCGCUGGCGUAUCUCUCUAG